CCGGGACUGGUGACACUGUUGUUCAGCCUCGCUCUUGCUGAGAAGGUUUCCACGCAACACUGCAACAAUGAAUUUCCUCCGGAGGCGUCUCUCAGACAGUAGUUUCGUGGCAAAUUUGCCCAACGGCUACAUGAUGGACUUGCAGCGCCCUGACAAUUCCACGAGCUCCCCGGUUUCUCCUGCCAUGGAGAGAAAGCAUCCGCAGCCACCGCAGCCCUCGCUCUCUUCCUCUACAGGCACCAGCAUCUUCAGCUCCAUCUCCAGUGCCAUGAAGCAAACCACGCAAGCGGCUGCAGGACUAAUUGACCACUCAGCCAGCCCCACACCACCUGUGGCCCAGAAACCCAAGAUCCUCUUGGUGAUUGAUGAUGCGCACACGGACUGGGCCAAAUAUUUCCAGGGGAAGAAGGUGAAUGGAGAAUUUGAUAUCCGAGUGGAACAGGCUGAGUUCUCCGAGCUGAACCUGGCUGCUUACGUCACGGGCGGCUGCAUGGUGGACAUGCAGGUCAUGAGGAACGGCACCAAGGUGGUAAGGUCCUUCAAGCCCGACUUUGUCCUGAUCCGGCAGCAUGCCUACAGCAUGGCGCUGGGAGAGGACUUCCGCAGCCUCAUCAUCGGCCUCCAGUACGGCGGCAUCCACACCGUCAACUCCCUCUACUCCAUCUACAACUUCUGCAGCAAGCCCUGGGUGUUCUCUCAGCUCAUUAAAAUCUUCAGCUCGCUGGGUCCUGAGAAGUUCCCCCUUGUGGAGCAAACGUUCUUCCCAAGCCAUAAGCAGAUGCUCACAACUCCAAAUUUCCCUGUAGUGGUCAAGCUGGGACAUGCUCAUGCUGGAAUGGGAAAGGUCAAAGUUGAGAACCAGCACGACUUCCGGGACAUGGCCAGCAUAGUAGCCAUGGCAAAAACCUAUGCCACCGCCGAGCCGUUCAUUGACUCCAAGUACGACAUCCGAAUCCAGAAAAUCGGCAGCAACUACAAGGCUUACAUGAGGACGUCCAUCUCUGGAAACUGGAAGGCAAACACAGGUUCUGCGAUGCUAGAACAGAUCGCAAUGACAGAGAGGUACAGACUCUGGGCGGACGCCUGCGCGGAAAUGUUUGGAGGUCUUGACAUCUGCGCUGUCAAAGCUGUCCACAGCAAAGAUGGAAAAGACUAUAUCAUUGAGGUGAUGGACAGCUCAAUGCCCCUGAUUGGGGAACAUGUGGAAGAGGACAGACAGCUUAUAGCCGAUCUGGUUGUUUCCAAAAUGACUCAGCUUGUCAUCACUGCUGGAUCUACGCCAUCACCGCUGAGGCCUUGGCCUCCACAAGUUCAGCCUGCGUCAAUGAAAUCUCAGACUGGACCUCAGCUUGGACAACUGUCCCAACCACGGCCUCCUCCCCAAGGCGGACCACGCCAGCCUCAGGCAUCUCAGCCUCCACGGACAAACGCACCUCCACAGCAGCGGCUCUCUCCUCAAGGACAGCAGCCCCAGAGUCCCCAGUCCACUUCACCUCAGCAGCAAAGGUCACCUGGAUCUCCACAGCAAGUCCGAUCGGCAACUGGGUCCUCUCCAGUCCAGCCUUCCAAGGCAGGUGUGUUCCCUCCACAGCAGCCUAGACCUCCUGCUCAAGGCCGGGCUCCUAGCCAGCCAAGCCCCACCGAAACGUCCAAGCAGCAAGCCACCCCACACCCGCAUCUGAACAAAUCACAGUCCCUGACAAACACCUUCAGCAUAUCUGAAUCAUCUCAGCGGGGAAAUGCCAAUGAAGACGAAGCAAAAGCUGAGACCAUCCGCAACCUGAGGAAAUCAUUUGCUAGCCUGUUUUCCGAUUAAUAGCCCUGCAGCUGGAUCUGUGCUUUUGUCAGCCCUUACUCUUCAUAUCAGCGUACCUGACAUCAUCCUGAAAUACACUCAAUGGUACCCAGUGAUUUACAACUAACACCUGGGUAAAGGGAAUUUAGGAAGCUAUAGUUGUUUUAAUACAAAGAAAAUAUUCUAAUAACAGUCUGAAAAGUGACUAUAUAAACGUGGCACUAUUUCAUUGGUUUUUGUGCAUCAGAAUCACAUCUAUUCAAAUGACUGAGUUGUAAAGCAAAUUUUACUCUUGCUAACCCCUGUGGAGUCAACAGAGUUAUAACAGUGCAAACUAGAUUUUAUUUCUAUUUGUAUAUAGUCAAUACAAUUGCUAACUUCCAAUUACUGAAUCCUUUUUGAGGCUGAGCUAAAAAAAAAUAUAGGCUUAUUUCAGAAACAGAUGUGCAAAGACAGAGUCAAGAAUAAGUAUUCGUUGACUGAUAAAGUGAGCAUGCUUGAGAAUAGAAACACAGUGAACUGUGGAACUUCAUGAUACCAACUUUAUAAAAAGUCACUUUUCAGAGCAAAACUACAUUCAAGUUAAAUAUGGUACCAGGCAUCAGUAAGCGCCAAAGCUCACAUGAGCAGGUCAUCCAGAUGGACUGCUGGUUUGUUGCAGAUCACUCUGCUCAUAGCAGAUAAAACAUCUCUGUUUCAUGCCUUGCAUUUAUGUUCCCUGCACGUGAUUCCUGAGUUCUGAGAGAAAAAUGUCCUGUUUUAACCCUGUAGCCUUAGCUCAAAAAUAACCUGAGAAAUGGGCCUUCCACACGAAAACCAACUUCUUCCCCUGCCCCUGGAAACACGAGAGUUCAUGUUCACAGUUCACACAAAUUCCAGACAAAACCCAGCUAAACUCCCAGCACUUUGGUGACUUGGUCACAUCUGGCUAAGUAUGUCCCCCAGGAAUAUGCUUAAUUAAUAGCAGAGCUGAUGAAGUGCACAUACUGGUGUGCUGAGUGUUCCAUAAUACCGAAUGGGCAGAGAGAUGGAGUGAAAUCCUGUCUCCCUCCUUGAACUCCCAUUGACUUCACUGGGGUGAGUGCAAAAUGAAUGCAAGGUGACAAACCUGCAAUAGAACAGGAAAACUAUCCUUUACAACAAAACUCCUUUACAACCAAGAUGAGCUGGGGUCCAUCCAGAGACACCAAGCCAUGGGAGGACAUGUAUGGGAUUGCCCCAAGCAGGUAAUGAUCAGUAUUAGUCCUCCCCGACCACCCCCAAGAAUUAUUCUUCCAGAGAAGACAGAGAUGGAUCUUUGCCAGACGUGCUUUUCGUCUAAGCCUGCAACACAGAAUGAAGCUGUGUAUGAGCACAUACAUUAGAACUGGGACACGGCAAAAAACAGGAAUGACACAAGCUACAUUCAUGAUUGAAAAAACUGCCCUGGGUAAAUCAAUGUAUCUAUGGCUGUUUCUACCAGCUGAGAACCUACUCAUUGCACCAUGCUAGUUCUGUUUAUAACACACCUAAUGCCAGUCCCCAUCCCACCUCCUCGACUUGACUUCACGUUUUGUCAAGUACUUUAGUCACAAACCGUGCAUACAGCUUCAAGGCCAGACUUUUGGCUUUGUGCUUCCCUUAGCAACUUCACCCUGAUGACACUUAGAAAUGCCCAGGGAACCAGGGAGGUCAGUAAAUUAAAAACAUUUGAGCCAACGGCAGAGAUCUUUGCUGUCACUUAAACAGGGAGAUCUCCAAAGCAGCAAGAGCAACAGCAGCAUUUGCCAUCUUGGAUCUUACAUUCACUGGUGGGAAUAAACUCAAACAAGCAACUCCUUCCCGCAUAGCACCUGUAAUGAACAUCUAAAUCCAAUGCAGUCAUCUGGACCUUGUACGACCUACCCCUGAGCAGGCCUUUACACAUAUAAUGGCUUUCGUGACCUGUGCACUUUCAGGCAAGUAACAGCAUAGCUUUUCCAGUUUGGAAGGCUCUCAAGAGACUCAUCUGGAUCAAUGAUUUAUACCUCAAGUUCAGUAUUAUAGAACCACCCUAUUCCCUGAUGAUUUAUCUUUUUUUUUCUUUUCUUCCCAGUUCUGUGUUAUCCUUCCAGGUUUGCUAAGCAGUUUACAAUAUAGCAUCAUAAUUACAUGUCAUUGUCUGAGAAAAAAAACAGACCCUGCUGUUUUGCAGUCUCCAGGAGCAAUAAAAGAGUGACAAAUGGCCUUGAGCAAGCACUGUCCCACUGGCAAGAACAAUAGCAGAUUAACAGGCUCUACUACAUGGAGAGGAGGUAAUACAACUCUGGUGGGAGAGAAUUUCCUUCUAUAACACUUCCUUCAGCAUGGUUUAUGCCCUUCCCUACUAAACGGUCACCAGAGAUGCAAAGACAGAAAUAAAAGUUUACUGCCAGAAUCCUCAAUUGCUCUAUCCCCUGAAUCUUUUUAUGUCUCUCUUACCAGUACAACCUAUACAAAAAAUAAGUAACUAGUGACUAGUAUGGCAUGGCCCCAUAAAUCGACCCCAGUUCAUCACUGAAACCACAACGGUUGGAUCAUUUGCUGAUGCUGCAUUUGAACACAGCAGGGCUGUCCUCCAAUGGACCACAGUAACAGGAUAGCACUGUUGACUAGAUACCCAGCAGUGACUCAGAUCUCUCCAUUUGCCUACAGCUCCCAGCUGUCAUCUUUCAAGGGACAAGCAAACAGAAUGGCAUCUCCCCUCCUCCUAGCUCCAGCUUGCAAAAACAACUAAAAGCAACAGGCACUCUCAGCUUAACUUGGUUAAUCCUACAGUUCCUGAAAAGCAUCUUCAGUUCUAUGCACAGAAGCGCUUUAAUGAAAACACCGCGUUGACUUCCUAGGUUAAUGAUGAAUCAUAGAACCAUAGAAUGGCUUGGGUUGGAAGGAACCUUAAAAGAUCAUCUAGUUCCAACCCCCCUGCCAUGGGCAGGGACACCUUCCACUAGACCAGGUUGCUCAAAGCCCCAUCCAGCCUGGCCUUGAACACUGCCAGGGAUGGGGCAUCCACAACCUCUCUGGGCAGAACCUCUGCUCCAGUGCCUCACCACCCUCACUGUAAAGAACUUCUUCCUUGUAUCUAAUCUAAAUCUACCCUCUUUCCGUUUAAAGGCAUUACCCCUUGUCCUGUCACUACUGCCCUUGUAAAAAGUCCCUCUCCAGCUUUCUUGUAGGCUCCCCUCUAGGUACUGGAAGGCUGCUAGAAGGUGUCCCCGGAGCCUUCUCUUCUCCAGGCUGAACAACCCCAACUCUCUCAGCCUGUCUUCAUAGGAGAGGUGCUCCAGCCCUCUGAUCAUCUUCAUGGCCCUCCUCUGGGCUCGCUCCAACAGGUCCAUGUCCUUCUUAUGUUGGGGGCCCCAGAGCUGAACGCAGUACUCCAGGUGGGGUCUCACCAGAAUGGAGUAAAGGGGGAGAAUCCCCUCCCUCGACCAGCUGGUCACACUUCUUGUGAUGCAGCCCAGAAUACAGUUGGCUUUCUGGGCUGUAAGGAUACAUGGCUGGGUCAUGUUGAGCUUCUUGUCAAUCAACACCCCCAAGUCCUCAUCCACAGGGCUGCUCUCAAUCCACUCAUUGCUCAGCCUGUGUUUGUGCUUGGGAUUGCCCUGACCCAUGUGCAGCACCUUGCACUAGGCCCUGUUGCACUUCAUGAGGUUCACAUGGGCCCACCUCUGAAGCCUGUCAAGGUCCCUCUGGAUGGCAUCCCCUCCCUCCAGCAUGUCAACUGCACCACACAGCUUGGUGAAACUCUAUACUGUGUCCUAUAAAUGUUCCAACAGUACACUUCAAUCUACAACUAUGAUGCUCACACACUAGAUGUUGUGGCUAGCAGGAGAGUCACAAAUGCAUCAUCGUGUAUUCAGAUUAUCACCUUUGAUGUAGGGUUUCUAUUCCAAAAUCCCUACAAUCUAACAAAGCAAGAGAGAGAGGGAAUACAAGGGGUAUAUUCUCCAUUUUUAUGAAUGGGGAACUAAGGUAGAUCCAAGAGGUAUGUAGGUACCUAAAUAUAACAGCUGGAGUUAGGGGCAGUAAGAAGGCAACAGAAAAGUUGGUGAAUAAAAGUUACUUUUAAAUCACAGGGCAGACAUGCCCCAGAGCAUGCCUUGGGAUCUUUCUCACACAGCUGUGAAAAUUGAGCACCUGGUCAGAGCUUCCCUUUUGUCCUGCAUGAUUUAAUUUUCUUCACAUGGAAGCCAGGAAACAUGAAUAGAUUUGUGUGUUUGGAUCCAGCCCAAGAAAGAGCUGGGACACAGCUAUGACACCCACUCAUAUCCACCACCUGGAAAAUUAGUUUACAUUUUGCUGUUUAGAUACAGACUGAGAAACACCUUGACUUUCUUGUAGUAUCUAGGUGGGGUAUUUCAAGAGAAAUGUCACUUAUGUUCCCAUGCAACUAAGAGUCUUGUAUAAAGCUAAGGUUCAGAAGAAUAGCAGUCCUGCUCAUAUCUGCAGCGGUAUUUUCUUCUCUUUCACUAAUCACAGGCAGGUACACAAGACCUUACACCUUCCACAUGACCCAGUUACUUCUGAAGCAUUUCUGCAGCACUCAUCACAAGGACAAAAUGGUGCAAGACCAACGCAGUGUAGAUUUCCCUUUUCGUUUUUAUAGUCAGUGGAAUAUAAAGAAUCACUGUAAGCUCUAAGAGGCCUGACUAUACACUUCACUUAACUGAAAAUUCUGUUCGAACAAGGCAAUUCAACCACUGCAGGCAAAUGUCAAAAAUUAAGGCUAAUCUUGGUAUUGAAGUGAAACCACUGUCCCUAAAUACAUACUCUUAGGUGUUUAAUUAUGGGAGGAUUUGCACUGGUAUGCCAUUGCUGUGAAGUAGAAAAGGGAAGAAAGAAGCAAUACACCUUUUGACAGCAAAAUAAAGUAUUAUAUUUUACUUCCACCGGAGUUAAUGGCAAAACUUCCUGACCCUACUGAAGUCAGCUGACUUUAUACAAAACAAGAAGAUGAAUCACUGAAAUAUCACCUGAAAAAGCACAUAAGUAUUAUGGACUAAAUAGCUUGUAUUCAACAGAAAAUGUCAUUCCAUUUCCACUGCUGGAAUUUCAAAAAGAUUUUAGAAAAUAGUAUCAGCUGUCACAACAGUCAUCAGUACCAUUUACAUUUAUAGAAACACUGAGAUCAAUCCAUCUUAAAAAAAUAUGUAAGAAAUGAAAAGUUCUAGCAAAGUUUAGUCAUUCCGGUCUUCCUUUAAUUGAGCUCCAGCAUCAGCCUGCAGGUAUCGUCAGACUUUAACAGUGGUCUUGUUAGUUGCUCAGUAGUUAAUACAGAAACACUUGAAAGGUGCUCAUAACAUGCUAUAACACAUUUCCUCUUGGCAAGAUAUAUUUUGAUACUUAAGUAAUGGAAUUAAAUGGAAUUUACUGCAGUAAAGUGAGAAUUCAUUCUGCUUCUCCUGCUGUGAUCCCAUUUCCACUGCAACCAGAUCAACUUAUUUAAUUCCUUAAGUAAGUUAGGCAGGAGGAAAGAUUUAUUUUUGCACCAGUUUUAGUUCACAUACAGUAAAUGCAGCCAUGUACUACAGCUCCUUAUUUGUAAAGUCAAGGAGAAAGACAAAAGUUUUGCUGCUGGUUCUUUGUAAAAUUGCUCUGCUUCUGUUCAGACUUCUGAGUUGCACUGUAGCAUGACUUUACUCAGUUGUUUGUAAAACGAAUUGAUUUGUGUUCUAAUAUUUCCAUUGUAAAGAAAAUCCCUUCCCUGUAUUCUUUGUGUAUUAAGUAACAAUACAAAAAUGCUUUUUACCUAAUAAAACAUUAAAGGAAAAAGGAAA